CCUUCGAUAUAAGCAUGCCGGUUAGCGAACGCGGAACCCACAGUUUCCACACACUGCCUUCGAGCUGAUCUUCUAGCCGAUUGAAGGAUGUCUUUUUGUAGAUCACCCCGUUUUCAAUUUUUAAAUCAGGUCUCCUGGGAAGAAAUCCAACUCCUCUAAAGUUUCGGCUUCGGUGCUUCUGGACAGCAUAUCCGCCACGAUGUUGUCGGAGCCCUUCCGGUGCGUGAUUUCAAAGUCGAAGCCCUGGAGCAGCAACGACCAACGAGCCAAUCGCCCGGACAAAUCCUUCAUGGACAUCAGCCAUUUCAAACUGGCGUGAUCGGUUAUGACCGUGAAUGGCAUCAUUUCGAUGUAUGGCCGGAAUUUUUGUAUCGCCAAUACCGCCGCCAAGCACUCCUUCUCGGUCACCGAGUAGUUCACCUGGUGCUUGUUCAUCUUGGCAGAAAAGAACGCAAUGGGCCUCUCGUUUCCCUGCAAAUCCACCUGGAAUAAUACGGCUCCGACGCCAAUAUGGGAUGCGUCACAUUGUACAAAAAAUGGGCGUGAAAAAUCCGCGUGUACCAGCACUGGCGCAGAUGUGAGCGCCUUCUUCAACGCCUCAAAUGCUGCAAUAGCUUCGCCACCGAGUGAGAACCGACCUCCCGAUCGCUUUUUCAAAGCCUCAGUGAGUGGAGCCGCUAAGGUGGCAAAAUCUUUAAUAAAUCGCCUGUACCACCCGGCGGUUCCUAAGAAAGCUCGAACCUCCUUUACGGACCUUGGCACCUGUAUGCGCUGUAUCGCCUGUACCCGUUCUGGAUCUGUUCGAAGCACGCCGCCGCCCACGAUAAAUCCCAGCUACUCUCUUCAGGUACUCCAAGUGCGUAUCAAAAUCACCCGCGAAGACUACCAAAUCGUCCAGAUAUACUUUAACGUUGGACCUCAGUUCAUUCGGUAUGACCUUGUCCAUCAGCCGGCACAACCUUUGAGCGGCGUUACACAACCCGAAAGGCAUCAUGCGGAAUUGGUACAACGGUCGCCCUGGUACCGUAAACGCAGUGCACCUUCUACUGGACUCCUCCAACUCCACCUGCCAAAACGCAAAUUUCAGGUCCACACUGGAAAUAUAAUACGUCUGAUCGAUUCCAGAUAGGAUUCCCUCCACGCAUGGUAGCGGAUAGGCAUCUUUGACUGUCAGUUUGUUCAACUUGCGGGCAUCGAGGCAAAAGCGGUUCUUGCCCGGCCGUCGCACUAUGGUGGUGCGGUUACUCCACGGACUAUCGCUUACCUCGAUGACGCCAAGCGCCAGCAUGCUGUCCACCUCAUCCCACACAAUCUUCUGCAUAGCGGGUGAUAGAGGGUAGUGCCUGUCUUUCACUGGCUCUGCUCCGCUGACCAAUUCAAUUCGCUUUUGUUGUUCAUUCAAUUUCCACAUAUCUGGUUCCGGCCUUACUUCAUCCUGGUCCGCAUAAUGCGCCACUCUAUCAGCUAGCAAUUCAUCGAGGACAAGUCGGCU